UCCGCGGGGAAUAAUUGUCUUGGUAUGUGUGUAUAUACACGUGUGUGUAAUGUAUAGACGUGUGUGUGUGUAGGUGUAUGUGUGUCAUGGCCGAUGCUAAGAAUAACCCUCGCCUCGAGGUGAAGGGAGUGGCUGUCGCAGUGGCUGGCAGAGGCGAGCCCUCGGACUCACUCGGCACACUCACACGGGGAGGGCAUGUCGUCCCGGGAGCCGCGGGGCCAAGGCCUACAGAUCCGCUUCAUCGAUGGCCUGGCCCGACGGGGCGAGACCGGGCCCGUCGGGCCGAGGCCGGGGGCCCGCCAGAGUUCAGCGCCGCCGCCGCCGCCGCCGCCGUCCUACGGGGUCAACGUGAGCAUCCGCGGCGUGCGGGGCGAGGCGUGCGUGGUGCUCAGCGACGCCGAGAAGCCUGCAGUAGGCCCAGGCUCCGCCGUUGACUGGGCCCGAGGGAGCAUGGAUCCCCUCACCGGCCUCUACCGGACGCCGGGAUCCCGGGAAUUCUACCGAGCCGGCUUCGGUCGCCCGCUGGAGACCGGCCACCGGGAAUCGCCGCGCGAGAAGACGACCGGGGGCCCGGAGGGGCCGACGGCGUUUUGGAACGCGAACGGCCACUCCAUCGAGAACGACCCGGGGCUCCGAUUGCAGCAGCAGCAGGAGCAGCAGCAGGAGCAGCAGGAGCAGCAGCAGUCGAAAGUAAGGAUGAUGAGGAUGAGGAGGAGGAGAUCUAGGGAAGAAUCGUGGAGGCGGCGUGCGUUCAAUCAGGAGUCUAGGGCGGGUGAGGAGGAGGAUGAUGAUGAUGAUGAGGAAGAGAGCAGGAUUCUGUGCUCUUCAGUCUCGCGGUCUCUCGAAGGGCUCCACACGAGGGGAGCCUCCGCUGUGAGGUAUGGCGGCGGCGGCAGCGGCGGCGGCGGCGGCGCUGACGACGACGGCCGAGGACGCGGCGAAGACCCGGCGACUGCGACGCGCCGCCGGCGGCGGCGGCGGCCGGCGCCAUCGCAGGGCUCCGUGGCGCGGCUCGUGGAGCGGUUCGGGGGCCCGGCCGCCUCCUCGCCGCGUCGCCCGCCGCCGGCCCUCCCGCUCCGGCGAACCCGGAGCCUGCCCAGCGCCGCGCCACUCUUCAACGAGCGGAGGCAGAAGAGCCUCCCGGAGGUCCAGCGGCAGGACGAUCUGAGUCGGCACCAGCAGAGUUCGCUGCGUUUAAUCCGCCCGGCGCUCUGCUAUUUUCCGGAGGGAGACCGCCUCCAGCUUGCCAGCAGCAGCGUCCUGCAGGCCUUGAAUAAAAAUCUAAAUAAAUAUCGCUUGCCUUCCUGCCCUCAGCUCGCUGCCUCGAGGACAGUGGCGCAGGAGCAUGAGGAGGAGGAGCUACAGCAAGCAUGGGAGGAGCCUGGAGCACGGCAGGCGGAGCCGACACACGGAGGAGCGUCGCUCUCACGGAGGGAGGCGUCUUCGAAAUGCAAAAGCGGCGAUUCCGAGCAGCAGCAGCAGCAGCAGGAGGAGGAUGAGGAUGAGGAUGAGCAGGGAUCUUCGACGCAGCAGCAGCAGCAGCACCGGCGGCGGCGGCGUGGGCGGCGCAUUGGCGAGAUGGGGGAGCGGGAGGCUUCUGUCGGGCGUCGCGCGGAAGGGCCGAGAAACCGGGAGUCUUCAGCGCAGCAGCAGCAGCAGGAAACUUUGGUCCAGCGGAGCAGAGAGGAGCUAAGAGACCGGGAGUCUUCAGUGAAAGAACAGGAAGCUUUGGUCCAGCGGAGCAGAGAGGAGCUGAGAGACCGGGAAUCUUCAGUGAAAGAACAGGAAGCUUCGGUCCAGCGGAGCAGAGAAGAGCUGAGAGACCGGGAGUCUUCAGUGAAAGAACUGGAAGUUUUGGUUCAGAGGAGAAGAGAGGAGCUAAGAGACCGGGACUCUUCAGCGCAGCAGCAGCAGGAAGCUUUGGUCCAGCGGAGCAGAGAGGAGCUGAGAGACCGGGAAUCUUGGCUACAGGAACAGGAAGCUUUGGUUCAGAGGAGAAGAGAGGAGCUAAGAGACCGGGAAUCUUUGGUGAAGGAGCGGGAAGCUUCGGUCCAGCGGAGCAGAGAGGAGCUAAGAGACCGGGAAUCCUGGCUACAGGAACAGGAAGCUUCGGUCCAGCGGAGCAGAGAGGAGCUGAGAGACCGGGAGUCUUCGCUACAGCAGCAGGAAGCUUUGGUCCAGCGGAGCAGAGAGGAGCUGAGAGACCGGGAGUCUUCGGUGAAGGAACUGGAUCCCUUGAUUCAGCAACGGAGAGAGGAGCUAAGAGACCGGGAGUCUUCAGUGAAAGAACAGGAAGCUUUGGUUCAGAGGAGAAGAGCGGAGCUAAGAGACCGGGAGUCUUCGCUACAGGAACAGGAAGCUUCGGUCCAGCGGAGCAGAGAGGAGCUAAGGGACCGGGAAUCUUCAGUAAAGGAACAGGAAGCUUUGGUUCAUCGGAGCAGAGAGGAGCUGAGAGACCGGGAGUCUUCGGUAAAGGAACAGGAAGCUUUGGUUCAUCGGAGCAGAGAGGAGUUGAGAGACCGGGAAUCUUCAGUGAAAGAACAGGAAGCUUCGGUUCAGCGGAGCAGAGAGGAGUUGAGAGACCGGGAGUCUUCGGUAAAGGAGCAGGAAGCUUCGAUUCAGCGGAGCAGAGAGGAGUUGAGAGGCCGGGAGUCUUCGGUGAAAGAACUGGAUCCCUUGAUUCAGCGGAGCAGAGAGGAGCUGAGAGACCGGGAAUCUUCAGUGAAAGAACAGGAGGCUUUGGUUCAUCGGAGCAGAGAGGAGCUAAGAGACCGGGAGUCUUCGCUACAGGAACAGGAAGCUUCGGUUCAGCGGAGCAGAGAGGAGUUGAGAGGCCGGGAGUCUUCGGUAAAGGAGCGGGAAGCUGCGGUCCAGCGGAGCAGAGAGGAGCUGAGUGAACUUGAAGCUUUCCUCCGAAGGCACGAGGAGGAGCUGGAUGAUCGUGAGUCUCUGGUGCGGCAGAGGGAGGCCUCCGUUCAGCGGCGCGUGGAGGAGCUCGCCCGCCGGGAGCAGGAGGCGGUGGAGGCUGUUGCGGAGGCGGAGGAGCUCCGGCGGGAGAGGGGAUGCGGGCAGAGGGAGGAUCUGUCCCGCGUCUCCCGUGACCUGGAGCUCGCGCAGGCCCAGGUGGAGGCCCUCAAGGCCCAGGUGUCCGACGGGGAGGGCGCCCAGGCCAAGGUUGUCCGCCUGCUGAGGCUGGAGGUGGAGCAGCUGAGGAGGACGGAGCAGCAGAGGGCGGUGGAUUCCACGAGCUCCACUCUGGCAUCCCAGGCGGAGGAGCUUCUCAAGACGUUUCGGCUCCAGGCCCAGCAGGAGGUGGAGCAGCUGCAGCUGCUUCUGCAGGAGAAGACCCUCGCCCUGAGCGUCUCCGUGCAGCUCAAGGACAAAUACCUACAGCAGGUGAGCGAUGUGCGUGAGGAGCUGCAGGACGUUGAGUCUCAGUGUGAGGAGCUUCGUCACGAGCUGAGCGACGCCUCUAAGGCCCUGGAGGGCAGCCGCAGCGAGGCGCAGAGGCUGGCACACAGACUGCAGGAGGAGACUACCACGCUGGAGGAGGAGCUGAGUGAGGAGCGUGAGUGUGGAGCGGAGAUGACUGAGAUGGUGGAGGAGCUCCGGGCACAGGUCGGGCGCCUUCGCUCUGAGUUGGCCCACGGGAGGAGAGACCAGCUCCAGCUAGAGCAGAGAAACCUCGAACUCAGCCAGCAGAUGCGCUCGUCUGCGGAGGAGGCGACCGCACGACUCCGCGCCCUGGAGGGCAGCCGGGAGGAGGCGAAGCUCCAUCUGAGUCAGAGCCUGGAGAAGAUCCAUCAGCUGGAGAGCGAGCGCAGAGCGGAGAGGAGAGCCGAGAAGAAGCUGAGGGAGAUGCUGCGGGAGGCUCAGGAGGAGCUGCAGACGCUUCGUGGCGACCGCGAGGAGGCCACGAUCCGCUCAAAGGCCCUGAAGUCGCAGCUCCUGCAGCAGGAGGAGCAGCUGGAGCAGCAGCGGGCCCAGCUGAGGAGGGCCGAGCGCCAGCUGGAGGAGCAGAGCCUGGAGGUGGAGCUGCGCUCGCUACUGGGGGCACGCGUGGGGGCCGGCCGGGGCCCGGAGGAUCUCCAACGGGGCCCGGAGGAUCUCCAACGGGGCCCGGAGGAUCUCAAACGGGGCCUGCCCACCGCCAGAUUUACUCCACGGAACCGGAUCCGGGUUGAAGACUCCGACAGCACAGACUCGGGGUAGUGGGGCCACGAGAUGAUGGGAGCGGGCACAGAGUACAGAGUGGGCUACAGGGUGGGGUACAUCACAACACGUGGGCUACAUCACAACACGCGGGCUACAGAGUGGGGUACAUCACAACACGUGGGCUACAGGGUGAGGUACAUCACAACACGUGGGCAACAGGGUGGGGUACAUCACAACACGUGGGCUACAUCACAACACGUGGGCUACAUAGUGGGGUACAUCAAAACACGUGGGCUACAGGGUGGGGUACAUCACAACACGUGGGCUACAUCACAACACGUGGGCUACAUCACAACACGUGGGCUACAGGGUGGGCUACAUCACAACACGUGGGCUACAGGGUGGGGUACGUUACAACACAGAGAGAGAAGAAAAAUAAAUAAAAUAAAAAGA